AUGCGUCGGGAGGGCAAUGCCCCCCGCCCAGGGCGGUGCGGAGGCGGGGCCACGGGGCGGGACAGCUCCGCCCUGUCACGUGCCCGUCACGUCUGCAUCCCGGAGCGCGCCGGGCAGCAGCUGCGGCUGGAGGACGAGCCCAUGGCGGCGGCGAUGACGACCGCAGUGACUGCGGGGGCGGGGGCGGGGGUGGCGGGGGCCGAGGCGGCCGAAGGGCCCCUGGGGGCGGCAGCGGCGCUGGAGCUGUGGCUCAAUAAAGCCACAGACCCAAGCAUGUUGGAACAGGAUUGGUCAGCUAUCCAGAAUUUCUGUGACCAGGUGAACACUGAUCCCAAUGGCCCAACCCAAGCACCCUGGCUCCUGGCCCACAAGAUCCAGUCUCCACAGGAGAAAGAAGCUCUUUAUGCCUUAACGGUGAGUUCAGCGUGCCGCUUAGCCUAA